AUGUCUCGCUCACCUCGAGCCGCCAUCUUUGACUGUGGUCCAAGGCUUCUCAAGGAUAUCUGGACGCUCACUGGUAUCGCAAUUUUGAUAGUAGCAUUGAGGGUGGCUGCAAAAAUAAGGAUCCGAAAAAUUGGCUGGGAUGACAUUCUCAUGGUUUUAUCAUUGUGUCUUACUAUAGUCGGAUCAGCUCUGAUUACCGUGGGUGUUAACUACGGGUUCUGUCGCCAUGUUUGGGACCUUGACACAAAGACCGUUGUUCCAAAGGUGAUUAUGUUUGACUAUCUGACUCAGACAUUUGGCAUUGCUGGCGGUACACUGGGUCGGAUCUCAUUCAUUGUCUUCGUCAUUGGCCUACUUGGCACUAGAAAAUCACACAGAGUGAUACUUUGGGUCAUAGUUGGGUUACAAGUCGUGACAAACUUGAUAUUGAUCAUCAUUCUAUUCGUUCAAUGUCCAGGACAUGCUUCCGCUAUCUGGACACAGAACGGGGAACAUAAAUGCUGGGACGUCCGCAUCCAAGCAUACUAUGGGUACUAUCAGGGCUCAUUUAAUUCGGCGACAGACCUUUAUCUGGCAGUCUUUUCAACGUACAUAUUCUGGAGUUUGAAUUUGAAAUUAAGGGUCAAGCUGGGCUUGGUCACACUUCUCGGAUUGGGCAUUUUUGCAAUGGCAGCCUCCGUUAUUAAAGUAGUGCAAACCCAAGUCCUGUCACACGCAGCCGAUGAUCCAACCGUCGCAACCGUCAAUUACAACCGCUGGCUAUAUAUCGAGGCCUAUCUAGUCAUCAUAACGGCAUCAAUACCCUGCAUUAGAUCUUUAUUGCGCUCUGUUCGAGGGCGGUCAGCUGGAACUGGACGGAGCACAUACGAGUUGAGUUCGCCAUAUGGUGGAAACUCCAUGCUCACAUCUAGAUCCCGGAGAUUGACAGCAAUACCCGGAAAGUCGACGAUACGCAUCUCUGAUAAUUCUAGUGCGGAAGAUAUUCUCGUGUCAAAUAAAAGUGACAUUGAUGCAGUACACGAGAGGACGGGCUCGAAACAAUCGAUCCAUGUCAAUGUAUAA